GGAUUCCUAAUAAAGUAUCUAAACAGACAACUAGUGUUGACAGCAUUCCUAAUCGCGAUGGCAAUCGGCACCGCAUUCAUACCACACUCGCCUAACCUGUACGUACUGUAUGUCUGUGCGAUAGCCCUGGGCAUGGGCUCCGGCAUUAUAAACUGCGUGAUCAACGUAUGGAUCAUCGAGAUGUGGCUACAAAAAAGUGCACCCAUACUUCAGAUACCGGGUCUAACAUUUGGCCUAGGUACAAUACUGUCGCCACUGCUGUUAAAGCCAUUUCUUCGAGACAAAUACACGGGACCCGACGUGACCACUAUUGCAGUACCGGUAGUAGUGUCGACACCUGACGACGAUUUAGUCACUUAUCCGUACAACGAAUCGUACGAAGAGGACAGACGGUCACACUUAAAGACGCCGUUUCUCAUACUGGGUGUCAUUCAGAUUGUUUUUCCCAUUUUAUUGACCUUAAUGUUUGUGUUUAAACGAUACCGUAAUAAAAGUGACUCAACUCCCGGGGCAAACACACCUAUAGUUGAAGAAAAGGGUGACCAACAAGUCAAGGAUCCUACACUCAAGGAAAGCAAUCUAGAUGGUCCACAAUGGAGACUAUUCGACAGGUACCCUAAAUACCGAUGGCCUGCCCUGCUACUAUUUGGCACGUUGGUGGGCGCGUUCAAUCUGGUAGAGUCCUCGUACUAUACGUUCGCCUCGACGUACUUUCAGUACUGCCCGUUGGGUAUCAGCCCGAAAAAGGCCACCGAUGUUAUCACGGCGUUCACCGCCCCCUACACUGUGUUCAGAGGGCUGAGUAUUUUUAUCGCCAUCAAACUGUCGCCCAAAUUGAUGCUUAUCAUACACUUUGCCAUUUGUAUUAUAGGAUUAAUAUGCCUGGUGUUUGGCCGCAGUAAUAUGACCAUGUUAUGGGUGGCCAACGUAUUCAUGGGCGUCGGUAUAUCGGCUAUAAUGCAGUCUAUAUUCGCUUUCGUGGGCGCAAAUGUGCGCAUGACUGAUAUGGUGGGCACAUUAAUGACUGUGUUUAUGUCAUCGUUCAAUAUACUGCCCCCGUAUCUCAUCGGGCUAUAUAUGAAACAAUACUCCGAUAUGUUUAUAUUGUUUGAGGCUCUUAUGCUGGCCAAUUUACAAUUGGAAAGACAGAACAAUAAUAUUGAUUUAAAUAUUAGCAAUGGUGGCAAUGGGGCACAGGGUGGUAGUGGCGCACCAGCAGUAAAUGGCACGGCUGGCAGUGGGGGAAUAGGUGGCAGUGCCGGCAAUGGGACCAAAUCCAACGUUAACGUUCAUAUUGGCUAA